GAGCCGCCGGGUGGGCGUCAAACACGAUACUGUAAACAACACUCAGCUGAUCCUGGCCAGGGGGGGACGACACUAGACCACUCCCUCACCAUUGAAAAGCUGGAAUCACUUUUAAACGACAAAAUGCCACUAACAAUAUCUGAGGAUCACAGACAUCAACUGUCCUUAUUGAUAACACAAGAGACACAAGUAGUAAAGGAAUUUUGUCGAUUAGCAACCCAGUUUUUGAAGCAAGGGGUCAACCCCAGAAUUUUUGGCUCGGCAGCAAAUAAACUUGGUGUUCAACCAUUACAGGUGGAAGAUGCCAUCCGAGCGCUUGUUUUUCUUCUGUCACACUGUACGCAAGCAGCUGCCUCUAAGAUGGAGUUCCAAGACAUCACUACUUCAUUAGGGUUUACUAAGGAUGCAGUAAAGGUGCUGACAGAUGCCUACACUGACAAUGAAACAGAUAUAAAGGAGUACCUUAAAACAAUGGGAGUUCAGACACCACACUACCGAAAUUUGGAAUGGAGAUUUGACAUCCUUGUUGGCUCUAGAACGCUUACUCACAUUGCUGAACCACUUGUUACACUGCAGCUCUCUUUAGAUGAAAACACUGCCCGAAGCUUCCAAGCUGGAGAAAGUGGUACUGGCAUUGAAGAACGAUCAGAGUGUGUCAAAUUACUUCUACAGACAGAUCCCAACAAUCUAGUUCACAUGACAAACGUACUGGAGGAGGCACUACACGAAGCUCGCACUCACCACUCUCGUCGUAUCCAUAGACACCUUAAAUAGUUUAUACUAAUUCAUACCAUUUAGCUAUGGUAAUUCAUAUAAAUGUACCAGCUGUGAAUGUCUUAUCAACUAAUAACUGCAGAGUAUUUAAUGAUAAUUUGUAAAUUAAAUGUUUGACAUGCAACUUUGUACGGUAUUUUAAUUCUUCUUAAAUCAUGUUGUAUGGUAUAUAUAUCCUUUCCAAAAAUAAUAUAUUUUUUCUUCAUACAAUGCCUUUACUAAACAGCAAUAGAUUUUAUAACUUAAUUUUUUAUCAUAUUUCUGAAAAAAUGUAAACAUAAUUUUUUAUAUCAUAUUAAUUGUUGCAAUCAAGCAAACUGUACUAUAGUGAUAAAUAAUACAUAAGUCCUUAUACUUCAUAUGUUUGUACAGUAAUUGAGAUUACUGUACAGUAAAACUUUUAAUAUUCAGAAUCCUCAGGACCAAGGACAUGCUGGUGUCUCUGAGCAUUACUUAAUGAACCAAUUUUGACACCUGCUAAUAAUAAUUUUUUUUCAGUGAUAUUGAUCUGGAGGCUGAUGUACACCCACUAAAAAAUUAUUCGGCACCCUUGGCUCUGUUACCCCCCGCAACAAUCACUGGUACAGAAGCAGUGAUUACGUGGCGUGGUGGGUACCCCUGUACUUUCACACACACACACAUACAGAGAGAGAGACAGGGGUACCCACCACACCACGUAAUCACAGCUUCUGUACCAGUGAUUGUUGCGGGGGGUAACAGAGCCAAGGGUGCCGAAUAAUUUUUUAGCGGGUGAUCUUUUAAUCAUUUCAUUUUGACUACUGUAAUAUACUCAUAUAUUGCAGUGUCUGUAAUUUAGGCUGUAAAACUUUUUGUUUAUCAACAUCUUUGUUGGGAACUAAAGCUUUGAAAAACUUAAAUAAUUCUUCAUUUUGAACCUUUAUAUAUCUCAGACAGUUGAAGAACCAACAUUGUUGUCUUUCAUGAACACUUUUAAUUUUUCAUAAAUUUCUAUUGCACUGUUAAGACAAUUUUCUUCCAAUUCACUUCUUUGCCGACAGAAGUAGCAAAUGUUUCUCUCUCACUAUUUCAAGUCAUCAUUGUAGGAUGUAUUGUAGAUUAUACAACACAGUCUGUAAAACUUGUAAUUUUAAAUGUUAAGACAAAUGCUGGAGAAAGACUGCAGGUUAUGUUAACGCAACAGUACAGUAUCAUAAACAAUUGUACUGCUUUCUUAAAACGUAGUGGAUAUUUUGCUGUGAUCAGCUAAGUUCCUACAGUGAGUGCGCUUUGAUUGGCCAAGUACGUUCUGCUUAAUAUGACGGGAGGUCUGCCGCACAGCUAGGAAGGUUUCUUUGGUCGGUCAGGUACUAUUAGGUUCUAUUAAAUGUCGCCUCUUUUACAAUAAGUUUCUGUGACGCCAGAGUCACGGUCGAAUAUAGUUCUCACAUUGUUCGCCAGUAAUGGACGAUUAGGCAAUCGGAGUACGCUCGCAGUAAAAUAGCGUUAGCAGAAACUUACCGGUCACAGCAAAAUAUCCACUGCCUUCUUAAAAAUGGAUUUAUAUUGGAAGGUCCUUUACAAUUGUGAUUUUUUGAGAAUUACAGUUUGUUAAGUGUCAAAUUUUAAAGACUUAAUUGUAAUACUAAAAUGAAUAAAUGUAAUGUUAAUAAAGAAUUCAUUAAGUUA